CUACCGUUGUGUAUAUUUUGUGCAACCUUCAAUUGUAAAAAAUUUAAUUUUUUUUAUACAACCGCCGAUAAUAAUGGCCGACAAAAAGAAUCUGCUGUUGCUCUUCGAUCGUCCGAAUGAGCCCGUUUUUAUGGAGAAGGGAAAGGCUGCGGUGUUUGAUGUUCCCGACAAGUUCCUUACGGAUCGUUAUCGUCCUAUAAGCACUGAGGUACAGAGUAGGUUCGGCGAAAAGGCGGAACAGCGCAUUCCCGUUAGAGACAUAGCUAUUCCAGAUCUUCGCAUCCCUAUGUCUCUACCACGUGAUGCACAAUUUUCACUCUUUAUACCAGCUCAUCGCCGUAUCGCUGGACGUCUGAUUGACAUUUUCAUGGGUGUGCGGUCCGUAGAAGAUCUACAGAGCGUGGCAGUGUACGCACGUGAUCGUGUGAAUCCAUAUUUAUUUAAUUACUCACUUUCUGUAGCCCUGCUGCAUCGUCCAGACACAAAAGGACUGGAUCUGCCAUCCUUCGCACAGAAUUUUCCCGAUAAAUUUGUAGACUCUCAAGUUUUUCGUCAAAUACGAGAGGAAGCUACUGUAGUGCCGGAAGGAUCGCGCAUGCCAAUUACUAUACCACGCGAUUACACUGCCUCAGACCUUGAACCCGAGCAUAGGCUUUGGUAUUUCCGCGAAGAUCUUGGUAUUAAUCUUCAUCAUUGGCAUUGGCAUUUGGUGUACCCUUUCGAAGCCGGCAAUCGUGAUGUUGUGAACAAGGAUCGCCGUGGUGAACUCUUCUAUUACAUGCAUCAACAAGUGGUGGCUCGCUAUAACCUAGAGCGUUUCAGUAAUAAUUUAGCUCGCGUUGUGCGUUUUAAUAAUUUGCGUGAACCCAUCGCAGAGGGCUAUUUUCCAAAGAUGGAUUCAUUGGUAUCAAGUCGUGCUUGGCCUCCACGAUUUGAAGAUACAAAAUUAUCAGAUCUCAACCGAGAAUUGGAUCAGAUUAAUUUGGAUGUUAGUGACUUGGAACGUUGGAGAGAUCGUAUCUUUGAAGCAAUAUCACAAGGAUUUGCCACUGAUGAAAGCGGCAAUCAAGUGCCAUUAGACGACGUACGUGGCAUUGACGUAUUGGGCAACAUGAUGGAAUCGUCUAUUGUUUCCCCAAAUCGUAGGUUAUAUGGUGAUUUCCACAAUAUGGGUCACGUUUUCAUAUCAUACUCCCAUGACCCCGAUCACCGCCAUUUGGAAUCAUUUGGUGUAAUGGGUGACUCCGCAACCGCGAUGCGUGAUCCCGUUUUCUAUAGAUGGCAUGCAUAUAUUGAUGAUAUCUUCCAAGAACAUAAGGCACGACUUUCACCAUACAGCGUGCCGGACCUAAGCUACGACGGUGUCUCUGUUACCGGUGUACAAGUAAGCCCAGAGGGUGGUCGACCAAAUGUACUUCAAACAUUUUGGCAACAAUCUGACGUUGACCUAUCCAGAGGAAUGGAUUUUGUGCCACGAGGCAAUGUUUUUGCACGUUUUACCCAUCUACAACAUACCCCGUUCACUUACACCAUUAACGUGAAUAAUGACAGUGGUGCCCAACGAUUUGGUACUGUACGCAUCUUCUUGGGACCCAAGACGGAUGAACGUGGACAAGGGAUGUUAUUCAAGGACCAACGUCUGCUGAUGAUUGAGUUGGAUAAAUUCGUUGUAUCACUUAAUCCCGGUCAAAAUACCAUUCGACGACGUUCAACCGAAUCUAGCGUAACAAUUCCUUUCGAUCGUACCUUCCGCAAUUUAGAGGCAAGCCGUCCAGCAGCAGGAAGCGCUGAAGAAUUAGAAUUCAAUUUCUGCGGCUGCGGAUGGCCCAAUCACAUGCUUAUUCCGAAAGGCCUACCUGAAGGUCUACGUUGCGAACUGUUUGUUAUGAUAUCUAACUAUGAUCAAGAUAGGAUUGAACAACAAUUAGUUGGAUCCUGUAGUGACGCGGCUUCCUACUGUGGUGUUCGGGAUCGCCUGUAUCCAGAUCGCCGUGCCAUGGGCUAUCCAUUCGACCGACUUUCACGCGUUGGUGCUGACCGACUUAUUAAUUUCUUAACUCCAAACAUGAGCAUCGUUGAUGUCGUUGUUCGCCAUGAAAACCGUGUUGUACUUCGUAACUCUUAGUUUUAACUUCAUAGCUAUCAGCGGACAAGGACUACAGGACUACAACUGUUUUCACACUGAGAAACGUUGGCAUUAUUAAUGACGAGAUUUUAAAAUCAAAUAUGUAUUAUA